GGGUGAAGGGUUACGGUAGUGCGUAGGUCGUCGGGCGACGUAAGAAGGGGGUAUGCUGUCCAGGGGUGGGUAGAUUGCUGUACUGCGUGACAACCAAAAUAGCUAACUAGCCAGCGACAUACUCGAGUUAUCUAGCUAGGAAUAACAAUAUUCAUUUUAACAAUAACACAAAAACUCCGGUAUAGCAAUUGAGGAAACAAUUGUUAUAAUGACAGAGCUUCGACACCGCGGUACGGCGGAAAACGACUUGCAACAACCAACAGAUGAGAAGGGCUCAGAGACAGACGCGAGGACCGACGGAGAGGCGGCCUCAGACAAUGAAUCAAAGUUGGAUUCGGGCGUCCCAGAGGUUCCUGUCCCACCUGAUGACACCCCUGAAGUCCUUAACAAAGCCCUCUCCGGACUGUCAUCACGAUGGAAGAACUGGUGGGUGCGGGGAAUUCUUACUCUGGCGAUGAUCUCUUUCUUCUUCAUCAUUAUCUACCUGGGCCCCAUGGUGCUCAUGAUGAUUGUGCUGUGUGUGCAGAUCAAAUGCUUCCAUGAGAUUAUCACCAUUGGCUACAGUGUGUACCACUCCUACCACCUGCCUUGGUUCCGAACACUGAGCUGGUACUUCCUGUUAUGUGUGAACUACUUUUUCUACGGAGAGACUGUGACAGACUACUUCUUCACUCUGGUGCAGCGGGAGGAGCCCCUGCGAAUCCUCAGCAAGUACCAUCGCUUCAUCUCCUUCGCCCUCUACCUUACAGGGUUCUGCAUGUUUGUUCUGAGCCUGGUGAAGAAGCACUACCGCCUGCAGUUCUACAUGUUUGGCUGGACACACGUGACCCUGCUGAUUGUUGUGACUCAGUCUCACCUCAUCAUUCACAAUCUCUUUGAGGGAAUGAUUUGGUUCAUCGUCCCCAUCUCCUGCGUCAUCUGCAAUGACAUCAUGGCCUACAUGUUUGGCUUCUUCUUCGGCCGCACUCCACUCAUUAAGCUCUCUCCUAAGAAGACCUGGGAAGGCUUUAUUGGAGGAUUUUUCGCUACCGUGCUGUUUGGGAUAUUGCUGUCCUACGUAAUGUCGGGGUACCAGUACUUUGUGUGCCCGGUCGAGUUCAACAACGACUCCAACAGCUUCACUGUGGACUGUGAGCCAUCAGAACUCUUCCAGCUGCAGGAUUACAGCUUGCCCUCUGUACUGGAGUCCCUCACUGGCUGGACCACAGUGAGGAUGUACCCCUUCCAAAUCCACAGCAUCGCCCUGUCCGCCUUCGCCUCCAUCAUGGGUCCCUUCGGCGGCUUCUUCGCCAGCGGUUUCAAGAGGGCCUUCAAGAUCAAGGACUUUGCUAACACUAUCCCUGGCCAUGGUGGAAUUAUGGAUCGAUUUGACUGCCAGUAUCUCAUGGCUACCUUUGUCAACGUCUACAUUGCCAGCUUCAUCAGGGGCCCCAACCCCAGCAAAGUGAUCCAGCAGCUACUCGCUCUACGAUUGGACCAACAGCUCCACAUCUUCAACUCUCUCAAGGCACACCUUACGGAAAAGGGGCUGCUUUCAGCCAAUGAGGAGGCUGCAUAGGCGGUCCCGUUCACCAGUGACGAGAGCGAGGAAGGCGGAGAGGAGAAAGGUCAGCCUCGUAGCAGCAGGCGUUGGUGUGUGUUUUGGAGGUGGAAGAUGGACGGUGCUUGACUGGGCAAGAACACAACUGAACAAACUCAAUUUAAGCCUUGGGUCAUUCCAUUUCGUGUGUGUAAGCGCGUGUCACUGUCAUUGUUUGUCAGUUUGUCUAUGGUUAUGUUCGUGAGUUACCGUUGUUUGUUUUUUUUUUUUUUAAGUUAGCCAGACUAGUUACAAAUGCAGUGAUGACACUUGGUUCACAGAGAUUGUGAAGUCAACUUUACAUCUCCAGUCAUAUACAGUAGACUAUAUA